AUGAAGAAGCACGUGUGUUCGAAGCUGAUCUUUCACGAUAUCUUGCAGAAUGCACAAGAACCAGAUGAGGAUGCGCCUAGCGACUCGAGUGAGGCAUCCCAUGACAGCCUGAAUGCACAAGAACCAGAUGAGGAUGCGCCUAGCGACUCGAGUGAGGCAUCCCAUGAAAGCCUGGGUGAAGAGCAACCAGGGAGGAGACCCCAUAUGUCCCAGCCAAGUGACAAUUUCACUGACUUAUUUCGGGAAAUUGUAACAGAGAAAGUGGUUGUGUCAAGGGGGGACAUUCUCUUAAUGGUGAUGAAAUAUGCUCUGAAAACAAACUUGUCUUUAACAGCGCUUUCAAAUCUCACUAAAAUGAUUAAUUUAAUGUUUGAACGACCGAUUUUGCCUCACUCGCAGUACAUGUUUGGGAAGCUAUGUAGUACUGUUGGGACGAAAAUGACGUUUCAUUUUUUUUGUCCAAAGUGUUAUGUGCACGCAGGUCACUCACAGACAAACACAUCUCUACAGUGUCCAAAGUGUGGCCACGUCAUGGAGGUCUCCGCCAUGGCAGAUGCGCCAUUUUUUGUUCUCCUAGACAUACCAUCGCAGGUGCAAAAGCUUGUCAAAAACUGCGAUUUACUUGACCUCACAAAACCGCUUAGAUGCCGCAACACCUUGUCUGAUAUAACAGAUGGACAGUUGUACCGCGACUUUGUAACCUCCACAGUUGGUUCUGGCAACAGGAUCAGUUUUGUUUUAAAUACUGAUGGAGCACCUCUUUUUAAGUCUAGCGGGACUGCCAUUUGGCCUGUGCAGCUUCUCAUAAAUGAGAUUCCACCAGAGCAGCGCAUGAACAAACUUGUCCUAGCAGCACUCUGGUUUGGAAAAGAGAAGCCAGAUAUGGGAUUAUUUCAAGGUCCUUUUGUAGAUGCAUUGAACAAGCUUGGAGAAGAUGGAUUCUUGCUUGAGCAUGAAGGAAAAGAAAAGGUAUUUAAAGCCUUUUGUAUCUGCUGUGCUGUAGACACAGUUGCUAGAGCACCCAUGCAGGGUGUGAUGCAAUUCAAUGGUUAUUAUGGGUGCAACUGGUGUCUACAGCGAGGAGAUAGAGUUGCAGGAGCUACGAAAUAUCCUGUGCAACAAAAUGAGCCCAUUGAGCGCACCGAAGAACAAAUGCUCCAUGAUAUGGAAACGGCAGUAAAGGAUGGAGCUCCUGUCCAUGGCGUGAAAACUGUGUCACCCCUGAUAAAUUUGCAACAGUUCAAUAUAGUGUCGGGAUUCGUUCCAGACUAUAUGCACUGCGUCCUGCUGGGCCUAGGGCGCCAGUUCCUGGAAUUAUGGCUGGAAGGCACUGGACGGGAAUUUUACAUAGGCCGCCACCUAAGAAUUAUUGACGAACGGUUGCUCUCAUUAACACCUCCAAGAGAAGUGAAGCGAAUGCCCAGAUCAUUGAAAGAGAGGAAGUGGUGGAAAGCCAAGGAAUUGGAAAACUGGAUCCUUUUUUACAGCCUUCCUGUGCUUGAAGGGAUCUUGGAGAGAAAGUAUUUGCAGCACUGGGCAUGCCUUGUAGAAAGCUUGCAUCUCCUCCUUGAGGAGCACUUGUUCACCUGCGACCUGGCCAUUGCAGAAAAAUAUUUGCUUGAAUUUCACAUCAAAACAGAGGUUCUUUAUGGGAAGGAGUCCAUGACGUACAACAUGCACCAGGUCACCCACUUAGCCAAAAGUGUGCACCAAUGGGGGCCGCUAUGGUCUCAUUCAGCAUUUCCGUUUGAAUCCGGAAAUGGUUCACUGAAGUCAACUGUGAAAGCAACAAACGGAAUUCCGCAUCAAAUCUGUCGCUCACUGCAAAUGCAGAGUGCAGUGUAUGAGCUAACAAAACUGUCUGAGGCACCUCAAAUUCUGGCAUACUGUUCUUCCUUCGAUAAAACUGUAACCCAGAAAGCAGUUUCAGUGUGUGGAAAUAUUCAUUUUUUUGGUAGAGGAGCUCUGUAUUCACGAAUUUGUGCAAAUGUAGAAAUCAGCCACUGA